AUGUUCGAUGACGAGACCCAGGAUGUUGACCAGGUCCAGGUUUCUCGUAGCCCCUCCCUUGCUCCCACUGAAGUGCGACGUGCUCAGGAUUCAGCAUGGCAGAAGCAACAAGUUCAGGUCUCCGAAGAUCUGGCACGCAUCAAACAAGCCGCCCAAGGACAACACGAGCAUCAGCACGCUCAGCGUGAGGCUCUCGAAGACUCAAUAAAGAAACGUGCCAAAGCCCAGACGGAGAGGAAAUCGGCGGAGUUGAUGAAGAAGUGGGCUGAAGAAGCUAACAGCGAGGAGUUCUUUCGCAUGGCUGAGGAGGCCGAGAAGAAGGCUGCUAAAGCAGAGAAGAAGGCUGCUAAAGCUUCUCACAAGCACUUCAAGCUGAUGUCGUCCAGUGAUACCUCUUCUCCCCCUGAGCCAAUCGUGAUCACUUCUUCGGACGGGCCUUCCUCCAGCUUGAUCGUCGUUCCCUCCUCAUUGCUCGGGCCGGUUUCCGAUCCUGAUCCUGUUGGAAACGGUGGACGUAGGUCCUCGGGCAAGGGAGAUGAGAGGUCGUCGACGAAGAAGAAGGAGAAGUCUGUCGGGAAGCAUGUGGCGAAGCCCAAUCAGAAGGCUAUGGAGACAUCGAAGAGGAGCAAGGAUAAGGCAGCCGAGAUGCCUGUGGAGAAGUCUGUUGAGAAAUCGAAGAGGAGUAAGGAGAGGGCGAAGGCGAAGGCAGACAAUCAGAUGGAGAAGGAGAACGAUUGUGUCGGUCGUGUUCUGUCCAACGCAUCUGGUGACAUUGUGAAUUAUGCUUCGCGGGCCGGUAAGCCAUUGUCGAUGACGUCAGGUGCAGUGCGUGUGGGACUGUCACGCCCGAAGAGCGUUACCAGCGUCCCCAACUCCAACACUCCCACGUCAUCUGCUAGCAAGCCCUCUCCCGCUGCGAAGCCGACCUCUGCAAUCAACUCAGCUGCCACUACCUCCUCCGCCUCCGGCUCCGCUUCCAAGCACUCUUCGAAUGUCAAGUCUGGCAACAAACGCGGUCCUUCUCCUGCUCCCUCCGUUGCCAGCAGUCAGGGCUCGAAGAAGAGGGCUGCUUUGGUUACGACACAAAGAAACGAAGCGAAGGCCAGGCUCCUCGCCAAGGAUCACGAAAAGUACGCCAGCAGCAACAGCAAGAGCUUGAGUACUGAAGACAUGUUUGCACACGAGGAUAGUGCUAUCAACAGCAAAUUCAGCGGUCUCACCAGCAGCAAUCCCAUGAGCACUGCCAAGCCUGCCUCUGGCGUCGUCGCUCCCAAUCCGUCCUCCAUGUCAGAUGGCCGCAAGGCUCCAGUCCAUUCAGCAGCUUCAACACAGUUAUCGGUCUCGACCCAGCAGCAACAGCAGCAAACCCAUCUUCGGGGAGUUCUGCCACUCAAAAUCGUCGCAAUGGGAGUCUCUUGA